AUUAUUCUCUCUUCUCCCUUCUCUCUCAGCCUUUGUACCCUACGAAAGCGCGUGGGAUUGGGCGAAAGGUUGGGAGACAAACACUGCAGAACGACAGAAUUUCUCUAUUUUUUCCGCUUCAACGGUUUCAUCAUCCAAUCGACGACGCCAGUGACAGUGUUCUAUCUGUGCUAGAUUUUUGAUGGCUGCCACUGCAAUGGCCUCCAUUCGAUAUGCGCCUGAGGAUCCUACUCUUCCUAAGCCAUGGAGAGGUCUAGUUGAUGGUAAAACUGGCUAUAUAUACUUUUGGAAUCCAGAGACCAACAUCACUCAAUAUGAGAGGCCUAUGAGCUCCGCUGUGCCACUUAAACCUUCCUCAUUUUCUGUAAGUUCUUCCGUUCAAGUGCAGCAAUCUUCUCAAGGACAAUACCGGGGCUACAUUCCUGAAAAGGAAGAUGAUAAGUAUAACAGAGACAAAGAUGGCUCAAAAUUUGAGGUGGUAUCAAGAAGUAAUCAGGGUAUGAUGGGUGGUGGACUAACUCAAUCUCACAAUGAUGCAAAUGGGACUAUAGCUGCUUUACAUGGUCAUGGAGGAUCAUCAGAUGAAGGAAGUAGUUUAUCUGCGGAGGCUUAUCGUCGUCGGCAUGAAAUCACUGUUGUUGUGAGUGUGGGAGGUGAAGUUCCUGCACCUUUUACAUCUUUUGAAGCCACUGGUUUUCCUCCUGAGAUUCUUCGAGAGGUACGGAAUGCUGGCUUCUCUGUCCCUACUCCAAUUCAGGCACAAUCGUGGCCUGUUGCUUUGCAAAGUCGAGAUAUAGUGGCCAUUGCUAAAACUGGGUCUGGGAAGACUCUGGGUUACUUAAUUCCAGGAUUCAUUAAUCUCAAGCGCAGCCAUAAUAACCCUCAGUUGGGUCCAACUGUGUUGGUGUUGUCACCAACGAGAGAGUUGGCAACCCAGAUACAAGAUGAAGCUGUGAAGUUUGGGAGGUCGUCAAGAAUUUCUUGCACAUGUCUUUAUGGCGGAGCACCAAAGGGUCCCCAAUUAAGAGAUCUAGAUAGAGGAACUGAUAUUGUAGUUGCUACUCCGGGCCGCUUGAAUGAUAUUCUUGAGAUGAAGAGAGUUAGCCUUCGUCAAGUUUCUUAUCUUGUGCUGGAUGAGGCGGAUCGCAUGUUGGACAUGGGUUUUGAACCUCAGAUACGAAAGAUUGUUAAGGAGGUGCCUGCUCGUCGACAGACUCUAAUGUACACAGCCACAUGGCCGAGGGAAGUUCGGAAAAUUGCGGCAGAUCUACUUGUGAAUCCUGUGCAGGUUAAUAUUGGGAAUGUUGAUGAGCUCGUGGCCAAUAAGUCAAUCACUCAGUAUGUCGAGGUACUCUCACCCAUGGAGAAACACAGACGGACGGAGCAAAUAUUGCGGUCUCAAGAACCUGGGUCAAAGAUAAUUAUUUUCUGUUCAACCAAGAAAAUGUGUGAUCAACUAGCUCGUAACCUUACCCGUCAAUUUGGAGCUGCAGCCAUUCAUGGAGAUAAAUCGCAAAGUGAGAGAGAUUACGUGCUGAGUCAAUUCCGCACUGGGAGAUCUCCGGUGCUUGUUGCCACUGAUGUUGCUGCUAGAGGACUGGACAUAAAGGACAUCAGGGUGGUGAUCAACUACGACUUCCCCAAUGGAGUUGAGGAUUAUGUUCACAGGAUUGGGAGGACUGGGAGGGCCGGUGCCACUGGUGUGGCCUACUCUUUCUUCAGUGACCAGGAUGCAAAACAUGCUUCAGAUCUCAUCAAAGUCUUGGAAGGGGCAAACCAGCAAGUCCCUCCAGAAGUUCGUGAAAUGACUUCACGCGGUGGUGGCAUGAUAAGGUCUACACGUUGGGGUACUGGUGGUCGUGAUGGAGGCCGUGGUCGGGGAAGUGACUUUGGUUAUGGUGGAAGGGGUACGAGUUACUCUUCUGGCAGGGCAGAAAGAGGUGGAGGUCGUGGAUAUGGCCGUGAGUCCCGCGAUAGUUAUGACCGCAGUUAUUUUGAUGGUAGUAACAGAGGCCGUAGUCGCAGUAGGAGCCCUGAACGGUUUGACUGGGCGCAAUCCAAACGUGAACGGUCUCCAGUGCGAAGUUUCCACCAGGCAAUGAUGGAACGGGGACGGUCACCGCCACCUCAAAACCAUCAUGUGCCACAAUACAAAAGUGACAAUUCGAAGGACUACAGAAGUUCUGCAAAAUCAUGGAGUCCUGAUGGGCAGGAAACUAGAAAAGAUGAUAGGGGAUUUGUUGGCCGGCCACAGUAUGGGGAUGAAGAAGAGGAAGGCAUAAUUGAAGGUAGUAUUUAGAGGGGAGCAGAUGAUCCUUACUCUUUAAAUUUUACCUGGUUGUACUGGUACACUACUUUUAAUGAUCUUUUUAACUGGCAUGUAUUUUUUGGAUUUAAUCCCUUUUCUCAUAAAAAAAAGGGAAGGAGACACUUGGGGGGAGAGCAACUGGAUAGUCAAUAGUGACGGUGUUAUAGCCAUUGGAUGCGUGGUAAUGUGAGCGGGAAUUUUGGUUUUUGGGUUAUUUCUUCCUGUUGGGAAUUUGGAUGAUGAUGAAUCUUACUGUUGGUUUCCCCUGAUUUUGGCUAAUAGCAAUAGAUGAAAAAAAA